CUCAAACACGGUUCAUAGGAUAGGCUUACACUCACUUGGACAAGAAAGACGUCCAUAGAACCUGGUCCAGGCACCCGAUCUCCAAUUCGCUUUUUAUCACGCUAAUAACAGGACCUCUUUAGCAACCUUGAACUGAAGAAGUGAAACUCUAAUUAAUAAUUGUGUUGGGCAGACUGUUUAGGCGCCGGAACAGUUAAAGCAGCGGAGCAGCAGUCACAAGACAGGAGAGCCCCAGGCUUUCCAACGAAAGCUUGGGGCCAUGGCGACCGAAGUGGAGAAUGCGGGCGCUAUCGUGCCUGCGGGAGAGGCGAGGACCGUGCCUCCAUCUACUGACAUUGUCGUCGCCGGCGCGGCUGGCAGCGGCUCUUCCGCUUACAUACCGGAUCUGGAGGGGCUGAAGAAAGUCAUCACGCACACGCGUGCAGUAGGCGUAAUUCUUCCGCCGCCGGAUAUAAGAGCAAUUAUCGACAAGACCGCUCAAUUCGUAGCUAAGAACGGCGCUGAGUUUGAAAAGCGGAUCUUGUCGAAUGAAAAGAACAACGUUAAAUUCAACUUCCUGGUGACCACGGACCCCUACCAUGCCUACUACAAGAUGCGGAUCAAGGACUUCUCCGCGGAAGACGGCGCGGCGCCCCGGGACCAGCAGGCGGCAGCACCCGGGGCGCCGGUUGCAGGUGCCCCCGCCCCCGCUGCCGCCGCCGCCCCUCUGCCGCUGCCCCCCAAGGCCACCAUCAAGCCGCUGGAGAAGCCCGAGGACGAGCUGUACACGGUCCAUGUCCCCGAGGGGCUGACCGCCCAGGACCUGGACGUCAUCAAGCUCACCGCGCAGUUCGUGGCGCGCAACGGCAAGAGCUUCCUGGCGGGCCUCUCCAGCCGCGAGCACACCAACCCGCAGUUCAACUUCCUGAAGCCCACACACAGCCUCUUCGCCUUCUUCACCUCGCUGGCGGACGCCUACAGCCGCGUCAUGAUGCCGGACAAGGGGCUGAAGGAGCGGCUGGGCCGGGACGCGGGCGACCGGGCGGGCCUGCUGGAGCGGGCGCUGCGGCGGCUGGAGUGGGAGCGGCACCGGGAGCGGGAGGCGCAGGAGGCGGCGGACGAGGCGGAGAGGGAGCGGCAGGCCAUCCAGGCCAUCGACUGGCACGACUUCGUGGUUGUGGAGACCAUCACGUUCGACGAGGAGGAGGACGCGGAGCUGCCGCCGCCGCUCACCCUGCGCGACGUGAUCGCCAUGAACAAGAGCCGCGAGGCGCUGGAGGCGCUCAACCUGCAGCAGCAGCAGGAGGAGGCGGUCAAGGAGGCGGACAUGGAGAUGGACGAGGAGGAGCGCGCCAUGGUGGCGGAGGCGGCGGCGCAGGAGGCGCGUGCGGCAGCGGCGGCAGCAGGGGGCGCUCCCGCUGCUGCGGAGGGCGCCAACGCGGCUCCGGAGCCUGCUGCUCCCGAGGGCGGCGAGGCGGACAUGGAUGCGGACAUGGAGGAGGAGGAGGAGGAGGCGCCCAUCCGGGUGGUCAAGAACUACACCCGGCAGGCGGUGCGCACGCAUGCGGGCCGGGCGUACGACCCCACCAAGUCCGUCGUGUCGCCCAUCACGGGCGAGCUCAUCCCCAUCGAGGAGAUGGCGGAGCACAUGCGCAUCAGCCUCAUCGACCCGCGCUGGCGGGAGCAGCGGGACGUGAUGCUGUCCAAGAUCAGGGAGACAACAAAGGCCACGGACGACGAGAUCACCCGCAACCUGGUGGGGCUAGCUGUCAGCCGCCCCGACAUCUUCGGCUCCACGGAGGAGGAGCUGCAGCAGGCGGUGCGCGAGGAGAUCAAGGACAAGAUGAUGUCGGGGGUGGGGCGGCCGGUGGCGUGGGACGGUGCCACGCAGGGCGGCGAGGCGCUGCACCACCAGAUG